AAAAGGUCUGUUACGGUCUCAGGAGAGGAGUGGUGAUUCUGAAAAACUGCUAUAAAAUAUCUCGCUGGCUCAAUAUAAAGCUCUGCUUAGUUCACGGGAGGCUUUUAAAACCUCUGCAGUGCAACCUUUGGAUUCUCUGAAGCAUUUUUGAGACAAUCAUUGCCUUGUCUUGGACUAAAGAAACCGAUAACCAUGAGAAUCUGCUUCAGAAUCCAGUUAAUCCAUCUUACGCUCAUCUUUGCCAGCAGUGUCCACAGUGCCAACGUCACCAUUCAGUCAAACCCACCAACAAACGGAGGGUUUGUUAUAACCAAGCCAGAGAGGACCGUGUCUCUGACCUGCACAGUCGAGAACUCUGCUCAGGCAGAACAACUGCAGUGGCUCCGAAAUGGCCGGGAAGUGAGUCUGAAAGCUGAAAACCGAUUCAACACGAGCCACGUGUGUGUGCAGCCAGUCAACAGAGACGACAAUUUCGUCACCUUUACCUGUCAGUUAAAGUCUAACGCUAAUGUGAAAGACUCCAUCCAACUAGAGGUUCAAUAUCCUCCAACCCUAGGACAGAAUGUAGACGUGAACGUUGAGGAGAAAAGUGAUGCCGUUCUGUCCUGUGACGUUCGUGCUUAUCCUCCAGUAACUGUAGUCUGGAAGAAGGACGACAUCCUUCUUGACCUUUCUCCUAGCAACUACAAGACCAGCAACGACGGGAUUACCGCUUCGCUUUCUGUCUCAAACGUUAACCGGAACCAGCAUCGUGGUGUGUUCAGCUGCGAGGCCAACUCCACCGUCUUCGGGGUCAACAAAAAGAGCUUCAAUGUCACCGUUGUAGACAGAACGAUGAAGUUCCCUCUUUGGCCGACAGUAGCUGGAGUAGUGGUGGUCAUCCUGACAAUGCUCCUGGCUGCCAUUUCCCGGCUGGAUAAGAUUAUGAAGUGCUUUAAAAAAGGCUGAUGAUCCAUCAAGUGGGCCAUCGUGUUACAGCCAAAUGCACAGAGAAUCACAAAGAGGACAUAUACGAAGCAAACACUUCCCACAUAACGUGUUCUGUUUAAUUAAAAACGUUAAAUACCUA